CCUGAGGCAUCCCACAGAGAGAAGAGUGGCUUUAGAGAGAAGACACUGACUCUCCAGCACUGCUGCCCCAAGAUGACCUCUGAUCUCUCCAAAGUGGAUCUCCUCUGUGAGAAGAACAAUGAGGCCCACAAGACAAAAAAAAUGUCUACAGAGCGAUUGAUCGUCAGGCGAGGGCAGACCUUCCUGCUUACUCUCCACUCCAGCAGUGCCCGAAGCCUCAAGCCUGACUCCUUGGAACUCACCGUCCAAACAGGACCCAAGCCCUCGGAAGAUUUAGGGACCAAGUGUGUGUUUGGUGUCUCACGGAAAAGUCUGGCAAAUAAGUCCUGGGAUGCUAAGGUCCAGGAGACUUCCGCUACAUCAGUCACCCUGGCCAUCACUAGCCCGGCGGAUGCCAGCAUUGGGGAGUACACCCUCUCUGUGACGACGAACCCCAAUAUGACCGUGGGCCACAGGGCUGGGGCCUUUGUCCUCCUGUUUAACCCUUGGUGUGCAGAGGACUGGGUGCACUUGGCCGAUGAAAAGGAAAGGCAGGAGUAUGUGAUGAAUGAACAUGGCCUGAUAUUCAGAGGAGCAAGUGACUACAUUCAUGAGUUGGCCUGGGAUUUUGGACAGUUUGAAGCUGACAUCCUUGACAUCUGCUUAAAAAUGCUGGACCUCAACCCCAAAUGUAAGAAGAACGCAGCCGAGGAUUUCUCUGCACGCUGCAACCCCAUCUAUGUCAGCAGAGUGGUCAGCGCUAUGAUCAACAGUAAUGAUGACAGAGGCGUGCUAGAGGGCAAUUGGAGCAAUUCCUUUUGGGGCGGAGUGUCUCCAUCGCACUGGAACGGCAGCGUGGACAUCCUGAGGAAGUGGAAGGAGUCUGACUACCACCCCGUCAAAUAUGGCCAGUGCUGGGUGUUCGGUGGGGUCAUGUGCACAGUCCUGAGGUGCUUGGGAAUCCCCUGUCGUGUGGUCACAAAUUUCUUGUCUGCUCAUGAUACGCAUGGAAAUCUGUUGAUCGAUGAAUACUACUCUGACCAUGGUGUGCAACCCAAGGAGAGCGAAGACAGUAUAUGGAACUAUCAUGUGUGGGUAGAAGGUUGGAUGAGACGUCCUGAUCUCCCUGGAAAACCACUUUAUGAUGGCUGGCAGGUUCUGGACCCCACCCCUCAGGAGCUGAGUGAAGGGGUACACUGCUGUGGCCCAGCUCCAGUGAAGGCUAUAUGUGAAGGACACACAGAGCUGAAGUACGACCUGCCUUUCGUCUUCGCCGAGGUCAAUGCGGACCGGGUCACUUGGCUAAUCAUGGCCGACGGGUCACAGAAGAGGAUCAUGACGGAAACAAAGUUAGUGGGUCAGAACAUCAGCACUAAAUCAGUGGGCAGUGACAAACGACUUGACAUCACUGCAAAAUACAAGUAUCCGGAAGGUACAGAGAAGGAAAGGGAGGCGUUCAGAGAAGCAGUGAGGAGAUCUGAAAAACUCAGCGAACCAGAGCCAGCCCCAGCGCCACCCCCUCCCAAAAUCUCAGUCAAGAUCGAAGAGCAGAGCAAGCCAAUCAACGGCAAGGACAUCGACCUGGUGAUCCGACUGCAGAGCCCCACGCUGCGUGAUCUGGUGCUCAAUGUCAACGCCCAGGUCAUGCUGUAUAACGGUGUACUUAAAUCUGACAUCUGCAGUGAAGAAAAGGAAGUACAGGCCCUGCCAGACAAAGAGCUGACGGUCCCUUUCCGGAUUCCCUUCUCCAAAUAUGGGAGUCACAUACAGGGAAACAACAGCAUCAAAGUGACAGCCGUAGCCAAGGACAAGCAGCACACUGAGGUGGUGUACCUGGCAGAGAAGAACAUUGUACCUGAAAAUCCCCCCAUCAGCAUCACUGUCACUGGAGAUCCUGUGCAGUUCCGAGACUUGCAGGCAGAGGUCCGGUUUGAUAACCCCUUACCUGUGGCCCUGACUAACUGCUCCAUAACCAUCACUGCCAGUGGCUUAUUGAGCAAAUCAGUAGUAUCCAGGCUGGCGUCUCUGGACCCAGACCUGCGGGUUCGAGUCCUGGUACCCUUUACACCCUACAGAGCUGGAACCAAGAAGCUGGUGGCUGAUUUUGACUGUGACCAGUUCCGGGACAUCAAAACCAGCUGCAACGUAGAUAUUAAACAUUAUUCCAGGGCCUAAGGUAGAAGGAAGCUGUUAAUUCCCUAUAAAGGGACUAAGCUACAAUGUAAUGUUAGAUCCUUUUAUUCUAUUGUGAAGGUUGAGGAAGAUGGAAAAACAUGGAUUUUACUUAUUUUCUGCAGCUUUUGUAAUGAGCGUGUAGCCUGUGGAUGAUUAUAUGAGAAGCUCAGACCUGGAAUAAAGCCCCUUUACUUGCAUAGAAAAAAAAUAAAAAUUCUGUCAUUCCACCUGCUGGAAUAACAACACUG